GUACUACGUGCAGGGGGUGUGUCGGGAGGGCAGCAAGUGCCUCUUCUCGCACGACUUAUCGACCAGCAAAUCCUCCACCGUCUGCAAGUACUACCAGAAGGGCCAGUGCGCCUAUGGAGCUCGGUGCAGGUACGAUCACGUCAGGCUUCCCGCUCCGGGGGGUGCCACGGCCCCUGCGCCACCACCCCCCCUUCCAUCGGCAGCGCUGCACAACCCUCGCCAUCCUCCGGAGCACGCGCCGAUCACCAGGAGCAAACUGCACGAGCCCGGCAAGCGGGAGAAGAAGACGCUGGUGCUCAGGGACCGAAAUCUGUGUGGCUUGAAUGAAGAAAAGCAGAAGCCCGGUGCCACGAGCGACACGGUCUGUUGCAGUGACCAAAGCGAAAAUCUGGAAGUGAAGCCCCAUUCGUAUUUGGAAGCUAUUUGCAGCGGGCUGGAAGAUCUGGUAGCUGGGAGCUCCUGCGCUGACGGAGAGCAGCUCUGUCCUUACGCUGCGGCGGGAGCAUGCCACUUCGGAGAGCGCUGCCUGUACCUCCACGGAGACGUGUGUGAGAUAUGUGGGUUGCAAGUGCUUCACCCUUUUGACCAGGAGCAGAGGAAGGCUCACGAGAUGAUGUGCAUGGCGACAUUUGAGCAUGACAUGGAGAAGGCCUUUGCCUUUCAGGCAAGUCAGGACAAGGUGUGCAGCAUCUGCAUGGAAGUGGUGUACGAGAAACCGUCGGCCUCCGAGAGGAGGUUCGGGAUCCUUUCCAACUGCAACCACACGUACUGCUUGUCAUGCAUCCGGCAGUGGAGGUGUGCCAAGCAGUUCGAGAACCCGAUCAUAAAGUCUUGCCCAGAGUGCCGCGUGAUAUCCGAAUUUGUCAUUCCCAGUGCAUAUUGGGUAGAAGAUCAGGAGAAGAAGAACGAGCUGAUUGAAGCAUUUAAGCAGGGAGUGGGGUAA